AUGCUUCAGGAGAUUUCAUCAAUCAUGGGUUCUAAGAAUAACCCACCAGGGAGCAACAGAUCAAGAAGCACACUAUCUCUACUCGUAGUGAUUGGUCUAUGCUGUUUCUUCUACCUUCUUGGAGCAUGGCAAAAGAGUGGCUUUGGCAAAGGAGACAGCAUAGCAAUGGAGAUAACAAAGCAAGCUCAAUGCACAGACGUUGUCACCGAGCUAGACUUCGAACCUCACCACAACACAGUCAAGAUCCCCGAGAGAUUAGCCGAUCCCAAACCGGUUUCUUUCAAGCCCUGCGACGUGAAGCUCAAGGACUACACGCCUUGCCAAGAGCAAGACCGAGCCAUGAAGUUCCCUAGAGAGAACAUGAUCUACAGAGAGAGACACUGUCCUCCAGAGAACGAGAAGCUUCGCUGUCUUGUCCCAGCUCCUAAAGGGUACAUGACUCCUUUCCCUUGGCCUAAGAGCAGAGACUACGUUCACUACGCUAAUGCUCCUUUCAAGAGCUUGACGGUCGAGAAAGCUGGACAGAAUUGGGUUCAGUUUCAAGGGAGUGUGUUUAAGUUCCCCGGUGGAGGCACUAUGUUUCCUCAAGGCGCUGAUGCGUAUAUAGACGAGCUUGCUUCUGUUAUCCCUAUCAAAGACGGAUCUGUUAGAACCGCAUUGGACACUGGAUGCGGAGUUGCAAGCUGGGGUGCUUAUAUGCUUAAGAGGAACGUUCUCACAAUGUCCUUUGCGCCACGAGACAACCACGAAGCACAAGUCCAGUUUGCGCUUGAGAGAGGCGUUCCCGCGAUCAUCGCGGUUCUUGGAUCCAUUCUUCUUCCUUAUCCUCCAAGAGCCUUUGACAUGGCUCAAUGCUCUCGAUGCUUGAUUCCAUGGAGCGCAAACGAUGGAACGUACUUGAUGGAAGUUGACAGAGUUUUGAGACCUGGAGGUUACUGGGUCUUGUCAGGUCCUCCGAUCAACUGGAAGACGUGGCACAAGACGUGGAACAGAACCAAAGCAGACCUCAACGCCGAGCAGAAGAGAAUAGAGGAGAUCGCAGAGUCUUUAUGCUGGGAGAAGAAGUAUGAGAAGGGAGACAUUGCCAUCUUCAGAAAGAAGAUCAACGAUAGAUCCUGCGACAGAUCUGUUAACACCUGCAAGAGGAAAGACACUGAUGACGUAUGGUACAAGGAGAUGGAGACUUGCGUGACACCGUUCCCUAAAGUAUCAAGCGAAGAGGAAGUCGCUGGAGGGAAGCUGAAGAAGUUUCCAGAGAGGCUGUUCGCAGUGCCUCCGGUUGUGUCUAAAGGUUUGGUUGAUGGCGUUGACGCUGAAUCUUACCAAGAAGACGUCAAACUGUGGAAGAAGCGUGUGAAUGCGUACAAGAGAAUCAAUAGACUGAUUGGUUCCACUAGGUACCGUAAUGUGAUGGAUAUGAAUGCUGGUCUUGGUGGGUUCGCUGCUGCGCUUGAGUCUCCUAAAUCUUGGGUUAUGAAUGUGGUUCCAACUAUCACCAAGAACACGUUGAGUGUUGUCUAUGAGAGAGGUCUCAUUGGUAUCUACCAUGACUGGUGUGAAGGGUUUUCAACUUAUCCAAGAACGUAUGAUUUCAUUCACGCUAAUGGUGUUUUCAGCAUGUAUCAGCACAGCUGCAAAAUUGAGGAUAUUCUUCUUGAGACUGAUCGGAUUCUAAGGCCGGAGGGGAUUGUGAUUUUCCGGGAUGAGGUUGAUGUGUUGAACGAUGUGAGAAAGAUCGCUGAUGGAAUGAGAUGGGACACUAAAUUGAUGGAUCACGAAGAUGGUCCUCUUGUGCCGGAGAAGAUUCUCGUCGCCGUUAAACAGUAUUGGGUCGCCGGCGGGGAUGGGAACAGUUCGUCGUCGUCGUCGUCUUCUGAUAAAAGUGAAGAAGAGUAA